GUCCGAAGCAUGUCUUCAGCCAAAAAGAACAACUGAUGCUUUCGAUCCCAUCUGCAAGGGAAACUUUCCCGCCAUGAAAGCAUCCAGUGUCAAGGCAAGCAAGCAUUCAGUGCUGCCUCCCAUUAUCCCCGAGAAUGAGAAGAAAUUCCUGGAAAGCAUCCAGAGUUACAUAAUUUCAGAAAUUGAGAAAGUGGGCUGUACUGAGCAAGGCCCAGCUGAGGAGUAUUACGUUAUAUACAAAAAUGUGUUUGAAAUGAUCAUAGAGCAUGUCAACGCGUACAAGAACAUCCUGACCACAAUCAAGCAGGAAUACGAUGCUUUUAUAGAAGCGCUGAAGAAGGGCCAACAGAAUGCUUUUCACCUUCAUGGGAAAUUAAAAAUGUUAGCGUGUGAACCUUCCACUCUUAUGUAUUACAAGAAGAGAAUUAGUGAACUGGAAGCGAAGAUAAAAAAGAUUGAGAAGAAUUCUUCAAGAAUUGAGAACUUGAUACGUAAAAUGAGAUCUUUAAGGGAGACAUUUUCACCAAAACAAAUUCAACCCCCAGCUAAGAAAAUCAACCCAGCUCAGUUGAUUCCAGGCCUCAGCUUGGAAGAUUCUCUUGACAUUGAUGCUCUUUCACACCAUCUUGCUCGUCUGCAAAGGAGAGUGAAGGACCUGAGAGAAGACAUGCUGACAAAAUACGUCCCUCUGGAGAACACAGCUGUUCUUGAAGAAAAACUGAACCGGGCACUUCAGCUGAGAAAUGCGGCUGAAAAGGAGAAUGAACAUCUGAAAUUUUGCUAUUAUCGAUUGACGCAGUUUGCAAAUAUUGUGUCUAUCUGGGAAAAUUCAGACAGGAGCAUUGAACCCCUGCAGCAGCUUGUUGCUCAAAUGAUAGAAAAUGAGAAACUUGCACAAGGCACAAUUGUCUCCAGUGUCUCCAGUGUGUUUGAACGCGACCCUGCCAAAAGUCAAGAGGCUGAAGAUCUCAUUGAGUACAUUGAAAGGUUCAAUGAACUGUUUUCCCGGGGUCAGUAUGAAGCCGCAGCAAUAUACGCAGCAAACUGUCCAAGAAGAAUCCUCUGCAAUGAAGAAACCAUGGAGAAAUUUAGGGCUGUUGGCUGUGUUAAGGGGAAGACCCUGCCUCUGCUCAUGUACUGUGAAGCUCUCAUGAACGCAAGCAUCGCUUCUAAGCAUCCUCUUCCUGCAGACUUGACAACAGAAGUCAUCAAAUGUGCUUUGGCUGAGAAACGAUUGGAUUUGGUGAUGCACUGGUUGACCUUGCACAAGCUGGAAUUGUCUGAGGCGGCUGGUGAUGCAAUUUACAAUCAUGCAGAGGUGGAUAAGCAUAACAAGUCCCAAUACUUCGCUUUGGCUCAGAUUGCCUACAGUGCGUGCAAGGUACAUAAGAAAGCGGCCCUAUGCUUGUGCAGACAGGGACAGAUCUUUGGAGCUAUGGAUUACCUUCAUCAGUUUCAUCGUCUGCCCACAGAGGAUUAUAUCUUCCUGCUGAAGCAUUGUCCUGGGGCAGAACUCUUUGGUUGCCUGACUCAAGAAUGGAGAGGGAAGCCGGCCCUCCUGUCCUUUGGGGAAACCAUCCUCUCGCUCAUGUACACAGAGCACAAAAUGCACUGCAUAUGGUUGUUGGAGGAGGUCGCCAAGGAAGGCAAAGAAGUGCUAGCUCAAAUGAUUGUAACAGACACAGUCUGCACUGUGGAGGAAUGGAACGAGAUUGCUGAAAUGUGCCUUGAGAACAAGAAGGAAAAAUUAUUCAAUCUUAUAAUCUCAGUCCUCGCCAACCAGGAAGGAGUGGUUAAAAUUCCCGAUGACGAUCAAGAGGAUGCCAAGUUAAUGGAGCACGUUUUCUUGUAAUUUCCCAUUGAAGCGCAAGGUGGUGCCCUUUGCCCUGGAAGUAACUUCAAACUAUGACUGUUCUUUCCAUUGAAAGAAAUUAACAUGUUUAAUAAGUGUGUACUUGCUGUUAUAUGAUAGUAAUUUCCAUCCAUGCAUUAUGUAGCCAUUAUUACACUUGAAGCCUAAACCAACAGAGCAUUAAUAUUUGGUUACAGUUAUAAAAGUGCUGUUGUUUUUUUCUAUAAUCUUACUAAAGCACAUCUCCCUUUUUAUUUUGCUUUCAAUACUGUGGUUUUUUUUUCUUGAAAUACUUCCUUUUUGCCCAGUUUUUCCUUUCCCUGAAAAUAAAAGUGUUUACUGUUUAAUUGAUUGCCAGGUUAAGACUGUUCCAAGCCUUGAGAUCUGAAGACCAAAUCUGAGAUCUCACGAUGUUACAAGGGGGCAGGCUCUGGAGAUGUCUUUAAGCAUGAUAAUAUUGAGUGUGAACCACACUUGUACAGGGUAUAUCCUUCAUAUUAAAAGAGCCAAUGGUGAAAAUAUUUAUACACAUACUUUUCAAGGCAGUGCUCCCAUCCUGAGAGCCCUCCUCUUUGCCCUGAAAACCAACAAAGGUCAGGGCAGGUUCUAGAGAUCUAGAACUAUAUUUUAGUAAUUGCUGUAAAAAUAGAAGUUAUCUCCAUUCCCUGGCAUAUGUGCACUUCAAUUCGAUAUAAUAAUUAAAAUAUUUUUGUCAGUGAUUGAGAAUUAUUGCUUUGUGGAGGAAGCUAUUUGGAGAAAUGUGGUGAGGGGAGGCGUGUAAUAAUUAAAAUUUGAUUCCAUACUA